GCAUCAUCCUCACCAACAAACCAACCCACCAAACCCACCACCCCGACUCGCACCGACUCACCAACCAUUUACCACACCACCACCCUACACUCUUAUCUCCACAGAGCUAACCCUCCCCCAACCGCCAAAAUGCAAGGCUUCAACAUGGGCCGGUACAUCCCCCCGGACCUCGAAGGGCUCACCACCCCGAACGCCCUACACAAAAAACACCCCCUAGGAGCCCGCGCCCGCCACCCCGGCUCCCUAACCGUACGAUUCGAAAUGCCCUUUGCAAUCUGGUGCACGACAUGCAAACCCCACGAGACGAUAAUCGGACAAGGCGUGCGCUUCAACGCCGAAAAAAAGAAAGUGGGGAAUUACUACUCCACUCCCGUGUACAGUUUCCGAAUGAAGCAUGGGGCUUGUGGUGGGUGGAUUGAGAUUCGGACGGAUCCGAAGAAUACUGAGUAUGUGGUGACGGAGGGGGCGAGGAGGAGGGAUACGGGGGUGGGGAAGGAAGGAGUUGGUGAGGGGGGGGAGAUUGUGAUCAGGGAUGGGUUGGCGGGGUUUGCAGAGGCGGGGAGUGAUCCGUUUGCGAAGUUGGAGGGGAAAGUGGAGGAUAAGAAGAGGGGGGAGUCGGAACGGGAUCGGAUACUAAAGUUGCAGGAGAGACAGGCGAGGGAUUGGGAGGAUCCGUAUGAGAAGUCGAGGAGGUUGAGGAGGGCGUUUCGGGUGGAGAGGAAGGGGUUGGAGAGGAGGGAGGAUGGGAAGAGGAUGAAGACUGCGGAUUUGGUGGCUGAGAGGAAGGCUAUGUUUCGGAGUGAGUUGACGGGGAAUACACGGGCUGUGGUAGAUCCGUUCCUGAGCAGUGAUGGGAGUGCAUGGAGGCCGGAGGUGAAGAGGAGGAAGUUGGUGGCCUCGGGAGUAAAUCGGGCGAGGCGAAGGAUGCUAGUGAAUCCCCGGUUGAGAAUGGCUCGGAGCCGGAAAAGUCGUCUGCUGGAGAGGUCAUACAGACACCACGUCCGAUGGCUGGGCUGGUGGACUAUGCGUCCGAUUCAGAGUGAAUGUCUGGGACGCUGAUGUUUACAAGGCGUUGUUUAUGAUACGGAUGAUACCCAGGGCUUGGAGUUAUGUGACAUGAUUGCAUGUCAUG